UAAAAGAAGAAGAAUGGUAGGAAAUUAGCAUAAAUGCUAACGUUUGAACGGCGACGAGUACGAGGACGAAGAGGCGACGUUCUAAAGUGUUUCCACCUUUGGGCUUUUCACUCUUCACGGGGUCAGAAUGUUGAAAGAUUUGGUAAGGGAGCGACUCAUUGCGGCAGCCGACGAAAUUUUCGGACUGUUUGAAAGAACCAUCGCGUCGUACGAGGAGGAACUUGGACGCGCGAGAGAGGAGAGCGAGCGACACCGAAGACGACUGGAAGCCGUUUGCAAGACUCCCAUGGCGAUGCCCGGCCAAGAUAUUAAGCAGCACAGGGGGAGCUCCAAUUUGGAGGAGGAGGAUCUCCAGCCCACGCACUUUGUAGAGGAAGAGGAGCGCCCACAGCCUUUGUUCGUUAAAGAGGAGGAAGAGGAAGCUGACGUCAGCAAGUUUCCACUGACUCGUGUCUGCGUGGAGAGGGAAAACGACGAGCCAUCUCGGCUUCAUUAUCAUAGUCUCAGUGGAGACCACGGUGGAGGACCACCCCCGGGCGACCUCUUAGCUCGUGAAGGUGACGACAAGCAAAGGAAAUGUCCGAAAAGGGGGAAGAGUCGUAGCAAAAAUGAAAGAUCAAAAAUGCGCGAACAAUGCUUCAUCUGCUCAGUUUGUGGUAAAAGUUUUGCUAAAAAAUCAAUACUGAAUAGGCACUUGAGAACACACACAGGAGAAAAACCCUUUCAUUGCUCAGUUUGCGGUAAAAGAUUCACUCAAAAGCCGAGCAUGAUCUCACACAUGAGGACGCACACUGGAGAAAAACCCUUUCGCUGCUCAUUUUGUGGCAAAGGAUUCACCCAAAAGCCAAGCAUGGUGUCGCACAUGAGGAUACACACAGGAGAAAAACCCUUUAGUUGUUCCAUUUGUGGCGGAAGCUACGCUCGUAGGUCCAAUUUGACUGCACACAUGCGCACUCACAACACAGAGAGAGUGAAUAUUUUGCUUCCAGCGAGAGACUUCACUGAUGGACCACAAAGAGAUGACCUCUUUGGUCCACCGUCAGAUGCUGACAACAUAGAAGAAACUCUGGGGAGCGACCCAGACUAUAAAGAGGGUGAAAUUCAGACAGUGAAUUCACCACUGAAAGCCUCCAACCCUGCUGCGAUGUGCCAAAGUCAGGAAAAACUCAUACAGAGUCCAGAGGCCUACCAGAAACAUCUGGAGAGAGAACCUCGGGAGGAAAUGGAGUACAGAAAAAAGAUCACAGAGAAAGGAGAGAAAAGAAGCCAUAUCAUCAGCCAUCUAGUCCAGAUAGCGCACCUCCAGAGCCUCAGACUAGCAACUCAAACUGGAAGCGACAGCCAGCAGCACACCGGGAGCUCCACUUUGAAGCAGGAGUAUCUACAGGCCCCUCACAUUAAGGAGGAAAAGGAGGAGGCUGACAUCAGUAUGUUGCCACUCACUGGUCCCCAAGUUGAGAGCGAAGAUGGCAACGACGGACCACCCGAGUUGUCACAGUGCCAUCUCAGUCCGAUUGGAGACCGCUGCGGAGGACCACCGCCAGAUGACCUUUUAGCCCCACUUUCAGAUUGUGACGACAUGGAAGAGCUUUUUAGGAGUGACGGAGAUCGUCAGCCGCGGCAUUCGUUGUCGUCGCUGGCCAACGGCGUUGUUCAUCACCACCGUGGAGGUGGAUCGGGCGGAGACAUCAUGUUGAAGGAGUUGGUCAGGGAGCGACUGAUUGCGGCCGCCGACGAAAUCUUUGGACUAUUUGCAAGAACGAUAUCGUCGUACGAGGAGCAACUUCGUCAAGCGAGAGGGGAGACCGAGCGACACCGAUGGCAAUUGAAAGCCGUUUGCAAAAGUGUUCUCCACGUCGAAGAUGUCCAACAGCACGGGGGAAGCUCCAGUUUGGGGGAGGAGGACAAACAGGACUCUCAGAAUGAAGAGGACCUGUCGAUUCCAGAGCAAACCCAGGUGAAAAAGGAAGAGGUGGAGACUGAUAUCGCAUCGUACGAAGAGCAACUUUGUCGUGCGAGAGAAGAGAACCAGCGACAACGACUUCAGCUGGAAGCUGUCCAAACGGCGCAGUUUCACAUCCAAGACGACCCGCAGCUGAUUGGUUGUCAAGUUGAACAACUUCCUGAGGGGGGCAUCUCCAGUAUAAUAUGUCCCCAGCCCUCUUAUGUCAAAGAGGAAGAGACGCGAUUGGAGUCACCACUCGUUAAGGAGGAAGAGCAUGAGGCCGACGUCAGCCAGUUGCCGUUGGCUUUCGUUUCUGUGAAAAAAAGCAAAGAGGAGCCACCCGGGUCAAGUCACAGUAGCACCAACGAAAGCGACAACCACAUGGAAGAACCAUCGACGACCCAGUCAGACUGUGAAGGUGACAACACACACAUCAGUGUCCAUCCCUUUUCUUGCGCCAUUUGCAGCCAAAUCUUCUCAUCUCAGAGUAGUUUGGAGGUUCAUGCAACAACCCACAUAGGGGUAAAACCUUUCUGCUGCUCCGUGUGCGGUAAAAGCUUCUCCAAAAAGUCCAAUAUGGUCUCGCACGUGAGGAUCCACACAGGGGAGAAACCCUUCGAUUGCUCAGUAUGCAGCAAAGGUUUUGCCCAGAAAAUCUCCUUGGUGGCGCACGAGAGGACGCACACAGGGGAGAAGCCCUUCACCUGCUCCAUUUGCGGGAAGUCCUUCUUCCACAAGCCCAACAUGGUGGCACACAGGAAGACCCACGCGACCGAAAAACCCUACGGCUGCUCGGUAUGUGGUGCAACCUUCUUCCGAAAGGCGAGCAUGGCAUCGCACGCUCGCACCCACACAGGGGAAAAGCCGUUCACCUGCUCCGUGUGCGGGAAGAACUUCUCGCACAAGCCCAACAUGGUGGCGCACACGAAGACGCACACAGGGGAGAAACCGUUUGCUUGUGGCAUUUGCACCAAGACGUUCACACACAAGGCCAAUAUGGUGCUGCACAUGAGGACGCACAGCGGGGAGAAGCCCUUCGCUUGCUCGGUGUGCGGGAAAAGCUUCACGCAAAAGGCGCACUUGGCCUCGCAUCUUAGGACGCAUGCCGGGGAAAAGACGUUCUCGUGUUCGCUGUGUCCAGAAAGGUUCGUUCAUCCCAGCAGUUUGAGCGCACACUUGCGAGUGCAUGUUGGAGAGAAAAAUUCCUUUUGAUCACUUUGCGCUAUCAACUGUAAAUGACACGAAAGUACUCAGAAACAUUUGAGACAUUUUUUGUAUCAUUCUUACAAUUAAAACCCUGCAAAGUGCCAUCAGAGAAUUGUUUGUAAAAUGUAUAUUAUUCAUGUUUGACGAUACAGUCAUUUGAGUGGGAUAUAUUUCAGCCACUAAAGACUAAGUGGAUAUAUUUAUUCAACUCAGCAGCUUCAUCAAAAAAUGUGAAAUUUUGCCUAGAAAAAAACCCACCUUUUUUCAAAUUUACUUUCCCCCACAAAUCCAAUUUCCCCCCAUGAAAAUGUCCUUUUUUAAAAAAAAGUUUUACCCCAUAAUAUUUCAACUUUAAUUUCUUCAUCUUUUAAAAUUUCAUUUGAUUUUUCCAUUGUGCCCUAAUAUUCUGUUGCAUGUUUGUGACAACUCCUUAAAUUAGUUUAUUUUGGAAUGGCUUCCAAAUGAUUUUGUGGAAUGAAUAUCUCUAAAUAGGGUGAAAUGUUCCCAAAUGCAUAUUCCUAUUUGAAGAAAAUACAAUGUCCCCCAAUUUAUCGUUUAAUGUCAUUCUCUUUUAUACAGAAACAGUUGUUUAAAUCUGUUAUUUUUAAUAAUGCCACUGUUGUAGUGUAAAUUAGUAAUUUUCAGUUUGUCAAUGUUAUAACACUUCAAUGUUGAAUAUUUAUAUUCACAAAGUCUGGAUGCAUUCAUAUUUAUAUUCACAAAUAAUUUAGUGGCAAUACAGUAAUGCUGUUUGGGUUAACAACAUAUUUUAUUGUUAUUCUUUAACAAUAAUGUUUUUUUUUUUUUUUUAGAAUCAAUGGUAAAAUGAUGACGGAUGGGAAGAAAGUACACAUUUUAUUUUAAAUGAAUUUAUAUAAGUGAAGCCAGAUGUUUCCAUAUAUUUUUGUCUCACUGUCUGAAGUCAAAUCAGAUAAAACAGAUUAAACCUCUCCUCUUUCAGGUUAGUUAGGAUCACCUAAAUUAUUUAAUUUUGUUAAAUGCCACAACAAGGAGAGAUAAUUUCUUACAGAUUUUAUAUUAUUUUCUUCAACAUUAAAAGUUUACAUCCACAAAAAGUACUAUGUCCCUAAACAACACGGGGAAGCCCUGAUAAUGAACUCAAGGCCUUGCAAGCUCCUGAUAUGUUAAGUGACAACAUGUGAGUUAAGUGACGGCACACCUGGGGAUGUUUUAAAGGCCACACCUCAAACAUUCUGCUUCCUUGUUUGAAAUCAUGGCAAAAGUCCAAAGAAAUCAGCCAGGAAAUCAGAAAGAAUCAUGGAGCUCCACAAGUCUGGCUCAUCCUUGGGUGCAAUUUCCAAAUGCUUAAAGGUGCCACGUUCAUCUUUUCAAACUAUUAUAUGCAAGUAUAACCAUCAUGGGAAUGUCCAGUCAACACAAUGCUGAAGAAUGAGACAGGCUCUGUGUCCCAGAGAUGAAUGUGUUUUGGUCGGGCAUGUGCGAAUUAAUCCCAGAAGAAAAGACCUUAUGAAGAUGCUGAAUGAAGCUGGUAAGAAAGUGUCAUUAUCUACAGUGAAACGAGUCCUGCACUGAUAUGGGCAGAAAGGCCACUUACCGAGAAUGAAGCCAUUACUCCCAAAGAAGCAUAAAAAGCUAGAUUCCAGUUUGCAAAAAGACACAAAGACAAAGAUCUUAACUUCUGGAGACAUGUCAUGUGGUCUCAUGAAACAAAAGAGAAGCUGUUUGACCAUAAUGACCAACAUUGCAUCUGGAGGAAAAAGGUGGUCACUUGUAGACCUGAGAACACCAAGAAGCAUGGCGGUGGCAGCAUCAUGUUGUGUGGCUGUUUUGUUGUAGCAGGAACUGGAGCGCUUCAUAAAAGAGAAGGCAACAUGAAGAAAGAAUAUUGCAUGGAGGUAUUGAGGCAACAUUUCAAGACAUCAGUCAGGAAGCUAAAACCUGGGUGCAAACUUUGGUCUUCCAAAUGGACAAUGACCCUAAACAAAGUAUACAAAGGAUAACAAAGUCGAUGUCUUGGAGUGGCCAUCAUAAAGUCCUGAUCUGAAACACAUCAAAAAUUUGGGGGGUAGAUCUGAAAAGGCCUGUGCUAGCAAGGCAACUAACAAACCUGACUUUGUUACACCAGUUCUGGUAGUCAAAAUGGGCAAGGAUUCCAGCAGAGUGGUGUCAGAAGCUUGUGGAAGGUUACCAAAAAAUGUUUUGACUCAGGUUAUUCAGUUCAAAGGACAUGCUACUCGAUACUCAGGGAAUUUAUGUAAACUUUUGACCUCGAAGAAAAUCAUAUUAAAUUCUGUAAGAAAUUCUCA